UUAGAAAUCUUUUUGUUGCAAAACCAUUUCUUUGGUGACACUCAUGGCAGAAAAGGACACAGAUUUCUCAUCCCACAAAGUACCCUCUGCUUCCCAGGUUCUUGACGAGCUGAAAGAGCUAUGGGGUAUGGCUUUGCCUAUAACAGCCAUGAACUGGCUAGUCUUUGUUAGAGCAGUGGUUUCAGUGCUGUUCUUAGGCAGACUUGGCAGCCUUGAGCUAGCCGGAGGAGCUCUCUCCAUAGGGUUUACCAACAUCACUGGCUACUCUGUUCUUGUUGGUCUUGCCUCAGGGCUUGAACCAGUGUGUAGCCAAGCCUAUGGGAGCAAGAACUGGGAGUUACUCUGCCUCUCUCUCCAACGCAUGAUCAUCAUAUUAUUUCUUGCAAUCAUACCAAUCAGCCUGUUAUGGGUGAAUCUGGAGAGCAUUAUGGUGUUCAUGGGACAAGACAAAGAUAUCACAGCAAUGGCAGCAACUUAUUGUUUGUAUUCUCUACCGGAUCUUUUAACAAACACUUUGUUACAGCCAUUGAGGGUUUUUUUAAGGUCACAGCGGGUGACAAAGCCGAUGAUGUGGUGUUCUUUGGUUGCUGUGAUGUUCCACGUGCCUCUUAACUAUGUUUUGGUGAUGGUGUUGGGGCUGGGAGUACCUGGUGUGGCAAUGGCAUCUGUGGUUACAAACUUGAACAUGGUGGUUCUGAUGGUGGCGUAUGUGAGGAUAAGUGGACGGUGGGAAAUGAGAUGGACGACUGAGAUUGGAGGGGUGUGUGGCGGGCUGGUCCCACUCUUGAGAUUGGCAGUGCCCAGUUGUCUUGGGAUUUGCUUGGAAUGGUGGUGGUAUGAGAUAGUGACUGUGAUGGCUGGUUACCUGCCGAACCCCACACUCGCUGUGGCUGCCACUGGGAUCCUGAUUCAGACCACCAGCAUGAUGUACACUGUCCCCAUGGCUCUUGCUGGCUGUGUCUCUGCCCGAGUAGGGAAUGAGCUUGGAGCCGGUAAACCUUACAAGGCCAAGCUAGCAGCCAUGGUAGCAUUAGGCUGUGCCUUAGUGAUUGGUAUAAUCAACGUGGCUUGGACGGUGAUCCUUAGGGAAAGAUGGGCUGGUUUAUUCACGAAGGAUGAUCUCGUCAAACCAUUGGUUGCAACAGUAUUGCCAAUCAUAGGGCUGUGUGAGCUAGGUAACUGUCCACAAACGACUGGCUGUGGAAUCCUACGUGGCACAGCACGGCCCGCAAUUGGGGCCCGCAUAAAUCUGGGCUCAUUUUACAUUGUAGGCACCCCAGUGGCAGUGGGCCUAGCCUUUUUGCUAAAUUUGGGAUUCCCAGGGCUCUGGUUUGGACUACUGUCCGCCCAAGUGGCUUGCGCUGUGUCUAUUCUGUGUGUUGUGUUGCUCCAUACAGAUUGGGAAGCUGAGGCAUUGAAAUCUAAGAAGCUAACCAGCAUGGAAAUGAGCUCAUGCAUUAAUGGGGCAGAAGAGAAUGGAUAUGAAACAGAUGAAGAGAGUCGAGGGUUUUUGGCAAAUGGAAAUGAUAAAAUAGAUGUUUUGUAA